AUGACAGCUCUUCGAAAGCGCGCAUCAAUUCUCUCUGCCCUACCCAGUUCACGACCCUCAAAUUCGAAGCGGUUGCCGGCAGUGACCAUCAGCCAAGAUCGUUGGAAUAAUUACAGCAUUCCAGAGAUUGAUGUCGAGGCUGUUUGUCGCGCAGUGACUCUGCAUAAAGCUUUCGAACUGCAAUCAGGUUACACUAUUCGAGAUCUCCCUAAGUUCAGCGACCUUACUCCAUAUGGAGGUAUCACGGAAGAGGCAGAGGAUGAACUCUGUAAGCUGGAGGCCCACCGGUUGGUUGGAAUCGCAAAUUCAGACAGUCCAAUCAGCCUACAAGGCAAUGAGGACAUGCUCGGACCAGCCGACGAGAAUGGUUACUUCCGGCUCCAUUGGUUGGGCCAACGUUUGGUUCAAGCUUUGCAGAUUUGCGAGCACGAUACAAUACUGGUCAAGAUGGAAUAUGUUGACUGGACAUCCAGUCGAAUGUCAUCGUAUGCGAAUAUACAGGCACGUCUGCUUUCGUACUUUGACCCUGCUACUGGGGAUGAACGGUUUUCUGGAUCCCCACUCCUCAAAGGAGAAAAUUACGAACGCUGUCACCAUGCGAUGGUCAAUUAUCUCACAGCAGUACUUGUGAGGGUCAUUCUUCAGAGCUUCCGAGGCAAUCACUGGGUUAACAACAUCAUCGCGGUGAUUGCACGAAUCUCGGCAAAGUUAAAAGUGGUAGGACAUGAUCUUUCUGCAGCCACGGAGCAGACACUGCAAAAUGGCAGCGAAGCUCGAUCGCGAAUCCAUAGGCGAGAAGUAAAGAAUGAUCAAUACUUGGCAGACAAUCAAGGGUACGAAGUUGAGAAGGAUACACAUGUCCCGCGACAUACCCCGAACCGCGUAGGGUACGCCAGCAAGUACUUCUUGGAGAUGGACCUCAUUCACAACGCCGUCAUCGACAUGCUUAUCGAUUCUCUUACUGCAUUUGCUGUCAACAACCCCUUGGCGCCAGGUGUAGACGAUUUCGAAAGCAGUACCGCACUGUAUGAGUCUUUCGUCACUCCAGAGCAGAUUUUAAUCUGCCAACAGCGAGACGGUGGCAUUGGUGCGGCAAGCGAAACAGGUGUUACCCGUGCAUUCACCGCGGGUUUUCAGGUCUGUCGUCGAGUUUGGGAGACUCUUGAAAAACAGUCCACAUCUCAUACCGAUACCAACUGGACAUCUGUCAAGUGGACAUGCUCUUUCGUGGAUGAUGGAGACAAAGUGCAGCUUCAUGACCGACGGGGUGCGGUCAAAUUGGGGUCGAUGGCAAGAGUCAUCACAGCAACCGUUCCUUAUUCUAUGAUAUCAGGCACUUUUUGCGCUUCCCUCCACACACUCAUCGACGAAAUUCUCUUCAGAUUUGGCCAGGACACCCGAUUCGCAUUGAAUCUCGUUGAGCAACCUAAAAUAAUAUGCACUGCUAUUCUACGAACCAGUCGGCACCAAUCUCGGCGCCCAACUGCCAGAGAUAACGACGAUGCGUGUCCCGUCUCUGAAACUUCCUUACUCCAGAAGAGAGCAGUCGGCAAUGUAGGUAACUCCUUUCAAACUCAUUCACAUGCUCGCACUACAAGCUGGGCUCCGUUGAACCGGAACAAGACGACUACACUGAGCGACCGAGAGCAAGCCAAGACAUCUCUUGAAGCAGUAAAGAGCGAAUACUUGAAAUGGAUCAUUGACGAUAAUGCCAUCAUAAUUUCCUGCAAAUGGUAUGCGUGGGGUUCUUUGAUGGCUUGCGCCCUUCUGGUUCUUGGUGGUCUUGGAGUUGGCUUUACUGUGGGCGACAGAAUCCACGCUGUUGAUCCAUUCAACAUUAGUGUUUUUUGCUGGGUUCUUGCCGGAUUCAUCCUUCUUGUUGCAAAGGCGGUUCGCGUUGCAGACUGGUCCUGGAGUCAUUUCCUCAGAGGACAGGUCACCUGCCGCUCAAUUGAGGAGGUAGUGGCAGUCAGCGGCGUUGAUGACCAACUCCUCAUUGCAAUCCUACUCAGAUCCGACAGCCAACUCCAUUUGCAAACUCGAGGCCCCUUCAAUGUCAUGUUUCUGCGACGAAGCUCCGAUGUUCUGGGCGGGUUUUCCAUCGACGUUCCGAUCAAGAUGACAACAGCUGUUGAGGGGGGUUUGAUACCAAUCAAAAUACUCGCAGAAUGGGGCAUUGGAUUGGUAUUUCUCUCCGCGCGCUCCUGGAUAUCUUACAACGUUGUUUCUAACUCCAAAUCAUUUGGAGAAUGCCCUGUUGCUCGGAACAUUAUGCAUCCGGCGUGGUUGAUGGAUGGGAAGAUUCCGUGCUACCGACUGAAAUUGGAAGAGGUCUACAUUCACCAGGUCUUAGGAGUGUUUGAGAAGGAGUGCUGUUUUUACUGA